CACAAACCAGUCGCGUAUGAGCUUGAACCAGAACUUUCUAGUUUUCGCCGUAUUCUCCGCCAAAAAGUACGCCGCAACGUGCGCUCAUUGCGAAGUUUUACGCCCCCCCGUCUAGUUCAAUCGAAUAGUUCGUGGCCGAAAGAAAAACGCAGCGGAAGAAAACCAAAAAAUGGAGGAUAACAAGGACGAACACCAGUUCGUUGUGGACGACGUGAGCAAAAUUAUCAAGGAAGCGAUCGAAACGACCAUUGGAGGAAACGCGUACCAGCAUGACAAAGUGAACAACUGGACCGGCUCGGUAGUCGAAAACUGCCUCGGAGUGCUGACGAAGCUGCAAAAACCCUACAAAUACAUCGUAACCUGCAUGAUCAUGCAGAAAAACGGAGCCGGGCUGCAUACGGCGAGUUCCUGCUAUUGGAACAACGAAACGGACGGAUCCUGCACGGUGCGCUGGGAGAACAAAACGAUGUACUGCAUUGUGUCGGUGUUUGGUCUUUCGAUUUAAACACUUAAGCCGCGGCUGCUUUUCGAAUUUUACUACAUUUCGACACCUAAUUUAAUACACGCGCACACACACAAAAAAACACUUGGUUCCAUCUCUUUCACGUAUCCGAUCGUUUUUUUCGAUCAUUGCUUUCCUUUCCAUCACUUAAAGAUCGAUCGAUUGCAUGGCACAAUGAAGCGCUUCUCUAGAGUAAAGACUAUAUAGUUACGGCGCCGAUGCCGAUGACUGUGGCCGUUGAUAAUUUAUUUUUAACUAAACAUAAUGUUGGGCAGUUAAGCUCGGUGCGAAGUCACACUUUCACCUUCUUGCAAAUUGUUAGAAGCAGAAGAAAGCUCUCAAAGCGUAUGUUUAAAAAUGUACAUGGAUCUGUAGGAGGUACCCGAGUUCUCCCCGAAGGUGCAUCGUUAGGAUGAAGAUUGAUUUACCACCGCACCGCCGCUCCCUAAACAGUUUUGUUCUAGAAAUGCUCCAAAUGUUAGCAAUUAAUAUUGUUUCUGAGCUUAUCCUCUCAGCCGGGGUGGCGGCAUUUGGUGCGGUCGUAAAGCCAUAUGUUACAGGCAUGGCCAGGAGGAGGCUCAGGAGAUGUGCAUUGCAUUGCAGGCUGGCUGUGUGUGUAAAAACGAGAAUUAGGAUUUGCAGGAGCUUAAUAAUAGCAUUGAGGCCAAAGCGCGCGAUCACUUGUUACGAGCCUGCAUCGAACAUGAGAACUAAUCAAUUCAGCCGAGAGACAGAUCGCUUAUUAGACCCAAUGUGAGCAAAGUGGUGAACCGUUGACAGAUGUAAAGUAUCACUCGAAUGCCUGGACAGGAAAGCAAACGGGCCAAGGGGCGCUGGUAAAACGGAGCGACGCGUAACUAGUUUCUACGCACUACAUUUUCCAUGUAAUUAGGUUGUACGAAGACGAAGCGCCCUUGACGGAAACGGAAGCUGAAUGUAUGUUUCGGAGGGAAACUGAUAAACAAAUAGAAAUAAACACUAAGU